UCAACGUCAACAAAAGUACUACGCCUGUGAAAUUCUGUUGAAUGUUUGUACAAAGAAACACUUUAUUUAUCGCCCAGCUUAUUUUUUGUUUGUAACGAAUCGCUUUAUUGGAUUUUUCACUUCUUGACUUAAAGACAUGGAAGACGAGUUGGAGGACAGAGUUUUACAUCAGACCUAUCUCUCUUUCAUGAAGAUACUAUCCCGUUUUACUAGCAGUGUUCCCUUUGAUACUCCCGUGAGCUAUUUAUGGAAAAUGGUCAGACUUUAUUUAUUACGGUCAGACGUUGUAGUCUUCACACUUGGUGUUAUAAUAUUCUUCAUGUAUUUACAAACAAUUGAACUAUGGAGCCGCACUGUCCUAAGCCGAUUAUCUCAGGCUAUGAGCCCUAUAAGCGCAGUUCAACGGAUGAAAUUCAUGGAAGGUUCAGAUGCCGACAAGCAAAGCUGGGAAUUAAAAGGUACGCUUAGCGCUGCUUAUGCAAUCAAAGGUAGAAGAAUGCACAUGGAAGACAGAUUUAUCAUCAAUGAAAACAUUAACAGUACAGGAAUAUCAUUAUUUGCAAUAUUUGAUGGACACGGGGGCGAGUUUGCCGCUAAUUAUGCUAAAGACCAUUUAAUUCAAAACCUCUUUAAUAAAAUUAUAGAACUAAGUGCAUUUAAAGAUGGCAAAACAAUCAGUACACCCAUAAAAGAGAGUCCUGAUGAGACUAAAUCGAAAGACGAGAGUAAUGUGACUGUUGAAAGAAAAACUAGCUUUAAAAAGUCAGUAAGCACAGCCGAUGACACAUCCAAAAAGGAAAUAACAGAUCCUGAACUUUUAGCACAACUUUCAAAAGCAAGACCAAUUACUAGAGAAGUGAGACCUACUACUAAACCUGUAAAAACAGUUUCUAUACCAUUAUCAAGUUACUUAGAUAAAGGUAAAAUUAAUUUUGGUAAACUUCUGACUGAUGAAGUACUUGCUGCUGAUAGAUUACUUGUAGAAGCUGCGAAGCGUUCACUGAAUGUAGCUGGCACAACUGCUCUAAUAGCUAUAAUGGAAGGCAGUCAUUUGAUUGUUGCAAAUGUUGGAGAUUCUAGAGGUGUAAUGUGUGAUUCACGUGGCAAUGCCAUUCCUGUGUCUUUCGACCAUAAACCACAGCAGGUUCGAGAACAGAAAAGGAUUGAAGCAGCUGGAGGAUAUAUUGCCUUCAAUGGUGUAUGGCGAGUAGCAGGCAUCCUUGCAACAUCUCGUGCGAUGGGAGACUACCCUCUAAAGGACAAAAAAUUUGUUAUUGCAGAUCCUGAUAUCCUCACAUUUAAUUUAGAUGAUCAUAAACCAAUAUUUUUAGUCCUUGCUUCAGAUGGUCUAUGGGAUACAUUUUCCAAUGAAGAGGCAGUUAAAUUCAUAAAGGAAAGAUUGGACGAACCAGAUUAUGGCGCUAAGAGUUUAACACUCCAAGCUUAUUACAGAGGAUCAGUUGAUAAUAUAACAGUUUUGGUAAUUAAUUUCUUGACUAAUAGGAUUACUACAGCUUCCCUGAAUCAAUAAUAUUUUAAAUUGUUAUAUGUAUCUAAUUCUCUUUCGAAGAUAUUUUAUCAAAAAUCUACUUUAUACUAAUAUUUUGUAUGUAUAUACCUUACCAUACCUUAUUGUUUAUGUUUAUAAGCUGGUUUCGUGGAUUAUAUUGUAAAUUUAAUCUAAUCAGAAAUGUUACUGAAUACUUUACUAUCAUUACCAGUUUCAUAAUGGUUAAGCCCAACUAAGAGAUUAAGAAUCCGGAGUAAAAGGAAAUAGUUUAGGAAUACUCUGCAAAAAUAAAUAUAAAAGAGGCUAACAUUCGGCAAAUUAUAAUUAUCAUUUAUUUACUAGAUAAGCAUUUCGUUGGAGUAAACAACAAUUUGUCUCAUAUAUCUUAUGUAUUGUUUAGUUGUAUACUACUGCUACUAUACACUUAUAUAGUCUAGAUUAUAGACAAGAAUAUUGUGUAGAAAUGUAUGUUAUAUGUUUAUGAUAAAACUUUUUUAAUGUUUCAUUGAGACAAUUUGGUGUCUGGUUUUUUAUUCGUUGUGUAAUGGGCAAAGACCGUCAUAAACAUUACUGUUAAAUAAAAUAAAUUUGUUCUAAGAAUAAUGCAAAAUGGUGAUGGAUUGUAGUCGGGCUUCAAAAUAAACUAUAUUUUAAAUAUUCUUGUCCAAUACUAAUACUUACUUACUUUGAUGAUAUUUUUAAUUUUAUGGCACAUUCUUCCGUACUAAGAAUAGACUAUAAAAAUUUGUUUAUACAGAUUAAUAUCAUCAAAUUAUUCAUUUUUUAUAAGUAAAGAAACAAUAAUGAUUUGAUUGUUCUUAUUGUUUCUUAUAAUAGCUAAUCAAAAUUAUAUCAUUGUACUGUAAAAAUAAUAAUUACAUUUAGUACUUAUGUCCACUGUUGGCUAAAUACAGUUACAUAUAUGUAUAUAAAAUUGUAGCUUAUAUGUAUAGAUGAAAACUUACCGUUCAAAAUUAUUCGUGAACAUUGUGAAUUUUAUGUAAAUAGUUACGUCCAGUAGAGAAUCUAUUACUUAGUCAAGAGUCCUUAUAUUUUUUAAUGUUAAAUUGUAUAAAAAAUAUUUUUCGAAAAAAUUAGAAUUUAUAGAUGGUUGUGAUGUGGAGACAGAUAUUUCGUGAACUGUUGUAUUUAGUGCUGUGUAGGAAAAUACUACGUACUUUGUAUUUUUUUUUUAUAAUAUUAUCUGUACACAGUAACUACAUGUCGAUCUAACAUAUUUCUAAAAUUCUAUUUGAUAUAAAUGUUUCAAAAGUAUGUGUACAUACGAGCUAUAUAUGUAUGUAAUACCUCUAUCAUGCCUCAUUAGAUUGUAUCUGUCUUAGUAAUUUCUAAUAUUAUAUAAAUGACAUGAGUAACAAAUAGAAGUGACGAAGAAAGGAAAAGAGGUUCUAGUAAUUUUGAAAUUUAAGUGUAAUUUCGUUUGAGUUUUAGUAUAUUUACUAUGUCGACGUUACUAACAGAAAACGAAUCAGGGCAUGAUUUUAAAACUAUUUUGUGGCAUUUGUUUUAUUUAGUUAGACGUUUUCAGUCGUUUUCUUUUUGACGUAUUAAGUAGCUAGUCAGUUUGUAUCUGUGCAAUAUUUACUGUGUUGUAAUUUAAUUUCAUGAAACUUGUGUAAAUCUUAGAUACAUACUAGAGACGAAAGUUUUCUGUGAUUGGUUGUUUCGUAAUUAUCCACGUUGAAAGUGAGUUGCAUUGCUAUACAGAGUUGCAUUUGAGAAUUUUGUAUUUGUUUCUUUUCAAUUAAAAUGUAAACAAUGUCUCACUGAAAAUUGAUUAUGCUUCUCUUGCCAGCUUUAAGUCUAAAGUUCUGAUUAAGAUAACUUCUGUAAUUGUAUACUAGAAAUAUUAAUUAAAUGAAAAAUAUUUCAUAGAGACUCGUUCAAAACAUAAGUAACGUUUUUGGUAUUUUAAUAAUUAUGUAAACAAAUACUUAGAUUUUGCAAUGUAUAUACCUACUUCUAAUGUUUAUUUGCCUGAACCAACGUUUUGAAUAAAAAUUAUAUAAGAAUUGCUCUUCUAAGAAUAUUUUCUUAUACAGUCUCGUGUGAGGGGCCAAAUAAUAGUAAAAAAGAACACAUGGCCAAAAUUAAUUUUAUCAUAUAUUCACAAUUAAUAAUUUUAUUGUGCCAAUUAAUUGUAUAUAUAUAUAUAUAUAGUUAUAUGGCUAAUUAAUUGUAGUUAGUUAUAUAUGUAUACAUAUAUUGAUUUAUUUUAUUAUGACGGAACAAACAUAAAACAUAAAUGCACCUUCCCAUUUACGUAGAUAAUAUUGUUAUACCUUGCGUUGCCAUAUUAAUUGUUAGUAAAUUCGUAAAAAUCUUUGGAUAUUGCAAGAUUCACGGUUAUAUAUAAUUUGGUGAUCGCCUUCAAUUCAACCGCUUUGAAUUGUCUUUUAGAUUUUUGUAUAUUGAUCUGAUAUGGUUGUGAAAAAAUAGGGAAUUUUAGUGUCACAUAGAAUAUAAUUUAUAUUUAUGUUUUUGAGCAAAGCCAAACCUCAAAUUAUAUUCUUGGAAUAUUUUAUGAUAUUAUAUUUUAUCAAAUAAUAGGUGUAUGAUAUACCUAUUAUUUAAUAAAAUAUAAUAUCAUUAGUUCCUUUCCAUAUUAUCAUAUCAAUCUUAUUUGAUCUAAAUAUGAUACAACUGACUUCAUUGGGAGCACAUUUUUUUUUCGAAUUUUCUGAUACUAUAGGCCGUCGCUGGCCUUUACAGCCUCAUCGGAUGAAGAGAACAAUCAAUUAGAAGAUUCAAUGGGACCGAGUGAUUAUUACCGCCCAGUAUAUGGCGGGUGAGUAUAUAAUGACAUUUCAAUAUUUCAGUUGAAAUGUGUUCAGUACCUUUAUAAACUGAUUUUGUAUUUAUUAUCGUGUAUUUACCAUCAUAUGACUAUAUCUACAUAGUCACAUCAAGUAAACAAUAAAUCUUUGAUAAAUUAUGGUAUACUUAUUUAAGAGUACCUACUCUUAUCUAUCUAAAGUGAAACAGGACCAUGAGGCUAUGAGCCUGACCAUCAUAUGCAGUCUUCAAUCUAUGUCGCUAUGCAUAAAAAUAAUAGAUUUAUUUGUGAACAUAUUCAAGUAUAUACGUACUAAAUUAAUAAUCUAAGAAUCAAUUAAUCAACAUUAUGGUGGUAUCUAGAAAAUGUAUCACCCAAUUUAUGGCUGUUAUUAUAUGUCCUUAGAAGUACAGUAUAACAGUAUAUUGUGGCCAUGUUUGUGUUUGGACACUAAUAUACAUGUGAAUGUCCCGUUUGCGUGUUAACAUAGUUCUUAUUGCUUCAAUAUAUAAUUGUCCUACCAAAGAACAUAUAUCAUAUGUACAUAAAUAAAUGUAAUGUAUAAUGUCCAAUUUACUACUCAAUACUUGUUUAAUUUCAUAACAUACCCUUAAGUCCACAAA